CUACACAGGACCCCCUGGGAGAGCAGCGGCCCAUCCUCUGGGCCCCCAGAUGGGUGGAUCAUUCCAGCAAAUACGGCUUUGGCUACCAGCUCUCGGACGGGGGCUGGUGUCCUGCUUCGGGAUGGCACCCACAUGGCCCUGCGUCCCCCCGGAGGGAGGGGACCCUCUCCACACCUGUGCCGCCUGCUGGACCUGGCCUCUGCCUCCUGCGCUUCCUGGCCUCUGAGCAAGGCUCGCUGCUGCUGUUCAGCAAUGGGACGUUGCAGAUGAGUUUCAGUGGAGUCCCGGCCCAACUGGUGCUGAGUGGCGAGGGUGAGGGUUUGCAGCUCACCCUCUGGGAGCAGGGCCCCCCCGGCACCUCCUACUCCCUGGACAUCCUGCGGAGCCACGGCUGCGCCCCCGCCACCCGGCAGCGCCUUCACCACGCCAUCCGCAUGCUGCAGAGUAUCUAACGCCCCUGAGGGUCAGAGUGGACCCCUGCAUGGUAGUGCCAGAAACCCAGGUUCCAUUUCCAUUCCUGUGGCUCCCCACAGACGGGCUGUCCUGUGGGAGAGUCGGGGGGCACAUGGGAGAUGGGUUCUUGCCUUGUGGCAUGACUGUUCAAGCCAGACUUUGCUGGGAUCUCUUCCUUUUUCAUUAAAGACAAUUUG